AUGGGACAACCGAAAAUUAGUCUGAAAGAACUGGCUAGUAUUAAGCACAAAUUUACUGAGCCAAUAGAUGAUUAUCUUAAUAGGUUCCGUUUGCUGAAGGUAGAGCGCCUGAAGGCCGAAAAAGCCAGAGCAAAUAAGAAUAAUUGGAGAGAAGGGGUGACAUACGUCGAAUUAGAUGAAGAUGAUCAAGAGAUAUAUAAUGAUCCUUUGAGUUUCAAUGAAAGAGAAAUCGACCUGGCCGAACUAAAACAAGGGCCACCCUAUUCAUGCAAGUUACUUGCACCUUCAAAUGGGAAAAAUUUGGCCGAACCGGAAAAAAGCGACAGAUUCCCUAAGAAAACAUAUACUUUAGACGUUACCAAAUGCAACGGAAUUUUUGACUUGCUAGUCAAAGAUGGCCAAAUGAUAGUGCCUCCUGGCGCUAAAAUGCCUCCAUUAGAACAACGAAAUAAAAAAGGUUUUUGCAAAUAUCACAAUUUUUUGGGCCACAAAACCUCACAGUGUUUUCUUUUCAGGGAUCUUGUGCAGAACGCGAUUAGGGAUGAGAGAUUGAAGUUUGAGGACAAAACUAAGUCCCAAAUGAAUAUAGAUUUAGACCCCAUGUAG